CUCGCACGGAAUGAUGGAAGAGGGUUUCCCGCGGGACGGAGCCGGUCGUCGCCCGGGGCAGGCCGGAGGGGAAGAGGCAGGGGAGGAGGCUCGGCUUCCCCUGGCAUCCAGUCAGUCGGUCGUCGGACGACAUCCGCGCAUCCACGCCUCCCUCCUCUCUCUCGCCUCCCCCCCGUCUCGGUGCCUGGCCUCACGCGUGAACACUUGGAUGGCGGGCGGGACGGGAACGGACGCGUUCAAGGUUUCUCCCCUCUUUCGUCACGACGAAAGACCAAAGAUGGGAGGCGAGGUCCAGGUGCCUAAGGGUGCUUCGCGGAAGAUCCGCGUGCACGUGGCGUGGGGAUGCAAAUUGGGGGCGGAAGUCCUUCGAGGCUGCGGCCCGUCCCGCCGCGAUCGUGAGGUCCAAGGUCCGAGAAUGGACCAGAAAAUGUAA